UUUUCGCCAGAAUAUAGCUUAACGAUGCCGUAAACUAUCUAGACCAUAGUUGAAGUUGCUUCCAAAAUACAUAAACAAUAAAAAUCAAUAAAAUGUAAAAUUUAUGAUCAAAUAGCACUCUACAAGUGUCAAUAUAACACCUAUAUGAAAAAAAGUUAACAAAUUCGGGUUUUUUUUCUUUUAAUGGAUACUUCGAUCAUGAAAAUAUAAACAUCGUGUUUAUGUUCAAAAUUCAAUCUUUCUACUUUAAUCUCUUUAAAACAGAAGUGUCACUUUCAAAACCAUUUUCUAUCGUUAAACUAGAUAAAAUUUAUUAAAUCUUUAUUUUUUUUUUCGCCAAAAUAUAGCUUAACGAUGCUGUAAACUAUCUAGACCAUAUUUGAAGUUGACCCUGAAAUACUGAAAAACCACUAUUCUACUAUAGCCACAAUUCACAAUACUUUUUAGUUUUCACAUUUUUAAUCGCAAGGAAAGUCCAUAGGAUAAUUGGAACGGUUUACCCGAAUAUUAUAGCAAACAUAGGUAUUAUACCUUAUAGUAUAGCGUAUAAACUACGAGGCAAUUAAGAACGCGGUAAAAUAGAGAUGUGUGCGAAUACAUUCGUAAAAAUUACAGAAUCAAAACUCCUUUAGACAAUAACUUCAAAAUUAAGUAAGAUUGACAAAUUUUGACUGCACCAACGAUCUUAACUCGUCAAUGAAGCUUCACAAGUUUCAAAAAAAAAAAAUCCUUUUUUCGUCAUAAGCGCGAUAAACUAGAGUGACAUGCGAUUGCGUAAAAAUCGAAAAAUAGUGAAUUUCAUUAGGCCAUUGCUUUGAAACCAAGUCCGAUCGCCAAAUUCUGACUUCAUCUUCGUUUUUCUCAUACCAAAGUUACCCAACUACAUAAGAAGAAGAAAACUGCAAUGUCUUGGUGUCUGGUAAAGGAACGAAGUUCCUCUGAAAAGGUAAAAUCAAUGGGUCGCGUGGAAAAGUGGAAAUCUGUAACUUGCGGGGGUUGGUUGUCAUGGAUAUAUAGGUUUUGUUGGUUUGUUACCUACAUAUUAUUUAAUGUGAAAAUUAAAUAAACAUUUAGGUGUAGUGAGUAGUUAAAUUUUUUUUACUUACACUCCUAUUACGAGUGAUCAAAGAACUAAAAAACAUAAAUACAAAUUUAACAUUAUGUGCACAAUGAACUCUAAGAAUAAUAAUAAUAAUUAUGUGACGUCUUACAGAGCGGGUCAUAAAUUGAUACCCAACAUACCGUUCGAAAGCAAUGUAUCAUCACUGGACACUGGAAUUGGAUCGAUGCCCAAUAUUCCAGAAUUAAAGCAAUGGAAUUAUGACACCUCAACAAGCAUUCAACAUGAUUUUAAGAUUAAUACCAUGGAUCCUAUGCAUAGAUCUAUGAAAUUAAAUGUUGAACAAAUUCAUUAUAUCAUGCCUCAAUUGGAAAAAUAUUGGUCAAAUCCUCCUAAACCAAUGUUCAUGCCACCAACCGAGUACAAUGAUAAAUACAUACAACCAAAAUUGAUGUCGAUUAUUAAACAGAUACCUGCCACAAUGAUUUGUGUUCAGCCAACUCCGGUUACACGGAAAAAUCUUAACACAGUACAAACGCUAAAAGUUAGUGAUGGCGGAGCAAUUAGAAAAUUAGACCCGUAUGUUAGUACUCAGAAGUUAGAUUACAUCGAAAUAAAUCCAGAUAUAGCAAAACAAAUUAAUUCUAAAAGUUCAAAAUUACAACCUGUUAUGCCAGCGUACAAGCCGUUUUACAAUGAACCAAUAUUCAAUCGACAAAAUACUAUACGUGUAUUGCCAAACACUUUAAAACAUGUUCCACACAAUUGCCUUAUAUCUGAAAUGAGAGCUUCAUAUAAAAAAACAUUUCAUACAUCAACAUUUGUUGAUGCUGUAGAAAUGCCAAUAUCCAUUUCAAGGAAUCCAACCUUGUCUCAAAUAUUGUCUGUACCCGGGAUGUACACAACUGAAUACUCAAUAAUUGGUGGAAAUUAAUAAUACACAAAUUUAUUAUACAAUAGUAGUUAACUAAACAAUUAUGAAAAUAUAAUUUUACAGUACUUAGACUUGUUUAUUUCAGUCCAAAUAUUGUUUUAAUAUUUGUUGUAGUAGAGUCAUAUCAUAGUAAUCAGCAAUUGCUUUAAAUGUCUUUAGAUAGGACAUCAUAUCAUUUCUGGGAAUUACCGUUGUGAAAUUACCAGCA